AUGUCAAGACUUUCAGAUUUAAGGUUUUAUGUUUGGAGUACUUGUUCACCUUUUCUGUUGAAUCAGACAAUACAGUAUCAUUGCAAAAACUAUUCAGAUCCCAUCGCCAACUCAGUCAAGAAGUCCUUUUAUGUGGAUAACUUUAUGAAAACUUAUGAGAAAUGUGAAGAUUUAGAACUCGAGAGUAAUAAGGUAAACCAAAUUAUGUUGGAAGCUAAUAUGCCUUUGGGAGAAUGGGCUAGCAAUUUGAGUUCAUUUAAUGAUAAACAUAGCCCAGAUACUGUCAACUUGAAUGCAGUAAAACUACUCGGUCUCUUGUGGGAUACCUGUAAUGACUCAUUGAGUGUAAAGAUGCCGUCUCAGAUUGUUACAUAUUUGAAUAAUCUAGGAAAUGUUUGUACUUUGACUAAGAGAAAGGUUGUGUCUCUCCUUUCAACCAUCUUUGAUCCUUUGGGAAUAUUGGCCCCCGUAACAAUUAAGGGAAAACUAUUUGUGAAGAAAUUGUGGGAACUGAAAACUGACUGGGAUGACGAACUGAUGAUGGAUUUAAAGAAAGAGUUCGAUGAAUUGUUAAACCAACUCAAUUCUAUUGAGGAGAUCAAAGUCCCUAGAUCUUGUUUUAAUGAAGGAACUUGUAGCUUACAUGUAUUUGUUGAUGCCUCUCAUGUGGCUUAUGGAGCCUGUGCGUAUGUUGUUAGCAGUAAGCACCAAAGUCACUUGCUAAUUAGUAAGUCUCGAGUAGCUCCGAGCCCCCCACUCACUAUCCCCCGUCAAGAAUUACUUGCUUUGACUAUAGGCAUGCGCCUAGCUGUUCAUUUGUUAGAGAUUUUUGGGGAUAAAUUUUCAGAUUGUACUGUUUGGAGUGACUCCCAAGUAGCUUUGAGUUGGGUAUUUUAUGAAAGAUCUAAAGAAGUGUUUGUAACCAACAGAGUAAAGGAAAUCAAGGACUUGAAGUCCAGUCAUAACAUCAGGUUGUUAUAUGUCAAGAGCGAGGAUAAUCCUGCUGAUUUAGUUACACGAGGUAUUUCAAUGUCUCCUCUGAGUAAGUCAGGUUUGUGGUUUCAUGGCCCGACCUGGAUUAUUGACAAAAAUAAGUUUCCGGAACAAGAGGAUGUAGUUUACAUCGAGUCUGUUAAUGUAAAUGAAAUUAUCGUAGAACCAGUUUUGAGAAACCCUGAUGAUGAUGUACUUGUAUUUAAUUGUUCUGAGUUCUCCUCAUUGAAACACGCAUUAAGGAUCGUAGGUAGACUGAUCUUGUUUGGGAGAAGAAUAUUUCCUGAUAAAUUCAGGGAAAGUAAUAACUUACUCGUCUUAAUCAGAAUCAUGCAGCGUCAAGCUUUUCCAACGUUAUAUUAUGCGUUGACUAAUGGGUUACAAACCAGUUCUAGUGUUCCCUCUGAGUUAAGGAAUCUUAUCAGACAAUUAGGACUUUAUGUUGAUAAAAGUGGUGUCAUUCGGUGCCAAGGAAGACUUCAUAAUGCAGAAUUGCCAGAAUUCGCUAAGCAUCCAGUAUACGUCGCCAGCCGACACCCCUUAUGGCAACUUAGUGUCUCAUUAUCACAUACUCAACUUGCACUGCAACACGAAUACACUUGUGGUUAUAUUGAGACAACAGUUUUUGGGCUGGAAAAAUGA